UGUGUUGGCUAUACUGACAACUUUAGUUUUGUAAUUUGACAGUUUUGCGCGCGUAAAAUAUGAGUUACGUAGGGAAUAUGUGUAAACAAGAGUAACAGAAUUUGCCAUUUUAUCCAUUUAUAAACUGGCCACAAUGUCGAAUGAACAAAACAGGGUUCGCACUGUGCCAGUGUGGCUUUGUAAAAAGGGGAAUGGUGAAAUACAGGAAGCAGAAUUUCUUCGUUUUAAAGGAGAGAUAAACUACUGUGCAACCGUAGGUGACUGUGGGAUGGCUUGUGAAAGUCUUAUAGAAAUGCUGACAAGUCUAGAUGAAAUGGUUGUUGGGUUUGACAUGGAGUGGCCUGUAAAUAGCAAAACAGGGAGUGGGAAAACAUCACUUAUACAGAUUUGUCAUGAUGAAAAUGUGUGCCACUUAUUUCAUGUCAGCCAGAUGAGGAAUAUUCCUGUGGCUCUUGUACAUUUCCUUAAUCACCCUAAAGUAAGAUUGGCUGGACUCAACAUUAAGAGUGAUCUGUGGAAACUAAUUCGUGAUUUUCCCAUUAAGUUCCAAACCAUGGAUGCAAUGAAAACAAUAGAUUUGGGUGUCCUGGCAAAUAAGGUUUUAAAUUGUUCGCAGAGAUGGAGUCUAGAAAGACUUGUGAGAUAUGUGCUUCACAAAAAUUUGGACAAAAAUGAUGCUGUAAGAAAGAGCAAUUGGCAGCUUGAGUUGCUGUCAGAAGAGCAAAAGCACUAUGCUGCUGCAGAUGCUUUGGCAUCUUUUGUGCUUUUUCAUGAACUUACUUCAAAGAAGAAAGUGAAAUGUGAAAUUUAAUGUCAAUUUUAUGGAUCUUUCAAGUAACUACGAAAUUUUGUAUCUCCUAUUGUAACUUAAGAUGUAUGAAUGCGGUUUUAUGAUUUUGUCUCUAAGACUUUUUCUCCACUUUCAAAAUCAUUGUUAACAAAACUAACAUUGUGUCAUUUUAUAUGCAGAGAAAUUUGUCACAACUUACCAAAUAGUAUGGUGAAACAAAUACUAACAAAGAGAUCGAGGGGCUGGCCAGUACUUACAUCAGCUCAGUACAGCCGAUAGAUACACAUAAAACUGAACUGAAAAUUUACGUUCCUAGCUUUCGGAACAAAUGUUCCUUCAUUGGCGAGGAGAGAGGGGAAAGAAAGGGAAGAAGGGAAAUGAGAUUCAGUUACUCACAACCCAGGUUAUGAAGCAACAGGGAAAGGAAAACAGGGAGGGUAGCAAGGAUGGAGGCAUGGUUGUCAGAGGGAAGCCAAAGAUAUUCUACUGUAAGUACUGUGCCAGCUUCAAACCAAAGAGGAUGCAUACAGAAGUAAAGAGUUAUAUAGUAUAAAGAUAAACACAACUAUGUAGGAUGAAAAGAUGCGUGAAUGGCUAAAGAGGAAAGGGAAAGAGGAGAAGACUGAAGAGUGAAUGGGAGUGAGGUUGUUUAACGUAGGUUCAGUCCAGGGGGAUGGCGGGAUGAAAGGAUGUGUUGGAGUGCAAGUUCCCAUCUCUGCAGUUCAGAGGGACUGGUGUUGGGUGGGAGAAGCCAAAUGGCACAUACGGUGUAGCAGGUUCCUAGGUCCCUAGAAUUAUGCUGGAGGGCAUGCUCCGCUACUGGGUAUUGGGCAUCUCCUAGGCGGACAGUUCGUCUGUGUCCGUUCAUGCGCUCAGCCAGUUUAGUUGUUGUCAUGCCGAUGUAAAAGGCGGUGCAGUGCAGGCAUGUCAGUUGAUAAAUGACAUGUGUAGUUUCACACGUAGCCCUGCCUUGAAUUGUGUAUGUUUUACCAGUAGCGGGGCUGGAGUAGGUGGUUGUGGGGGGAUGCAUGGGACAGGUUUUGCAGCGGGAUCGGUUACAGGGGUAGGAACCGCUGGGUAGAGAAGGUAGUCUGGGAAUAUUGUAGGGUUUAACAAGGAUGUUACGGAGGUUAGGGGGGCGACGAAAGGCAACUCUGGGUGGUGUGGGGAGAAUUUUGUCAAGGGAUGAUCUCAUUUCAGGGGUUGACUUGAGAAAGUCAUAUCCCUGGCGGAGUAAUUUGUUGAUGUUUUCGAGGCCAGGAUAAUAUUGGGUGAUGAGGGGGAUGCUUCUGUGUGGUCUGGGGGUAGGAACAUUGUUGUUGGACGGGGAGGAAUGUAUUGCUUGGGAAAUCUGUUUGUGGACAAGGUCUGCAGGAUAAAAUUGAACAUUUUAUAGUUGCCAGUAGUUUUUGUACAGGUAACGGAUCUUGUGGGGGCCUGCUGCAUCCUUCUAAAGGACUCAAAAAAUUUUAAAGAGAGAACUGAGAUCAAUUGUUUGAAAGAGGAAGGUAAUUUUGAAAGUGGAGCUAAUUGAUUUAAAUACUGUAAUUGUAUCUGUGUACAGAAUUCCUGGAAGUGCUGUAACAAAAUUAUUUUUAUCCAAAUUUCAAUGUUUAUUAGAAAGACAGAAAGAAAAAAAUUGUAAUUGCAGCCGACUUUAAUAUAAAUGUAUUAAAUAAUAAUAAUGAAACUGUAAAUUUUUGUGAUUUAAUUCAGAAAUAUGCUUUUAAUUUAAACUUCACUGAAUGUACUAGAAGAAAUAGCCACUCUGAACCAUGUAUUGACAAUAUUCUGAUAAAUUAUCAGUUUGAGGAUAGAAGAAAAUUCUGUUUAAAUUUAGGCAUAUCAGAUCAUUCAGCACUGCUCAUAGAGCUUCCAAAAAUAGGGAAACUAAAAUACGUGUAAACAUGUUUUAAAAGGAACUUUAGCUAACAGAAUGUAAAUAUAUUUUCUAACAAACUAAGAACUAUAAAUUGGCCUCUAGAUAAUGGUGUGACAAAUGGAAAAAUAUUUCAAAACAUUCCUAAACUGUUUCCUAGGUGUUUUCAAUGAAACAUUUCCCUCUCAAGCCUGGCGACAAAGAGUGGCCAGUAAAAUAAAUUGGAUUACACCAGGAAUAAAAGUUUCUAGUGCCAAGAAAAUACAGCUUCACAAUGAGUUAAAACAUAAAAAAAUGCUGACUUUGUGGGGUAUAUACAGAGACAUAAGAAUACAUUCAAAAAAGAUGUACAGGCAGAAAAAAAAAAUUGGCUAACAACCUGUAUAUUAGUAAACAUGAAAAUAAAUCAAAGGCAAUUUGGGAUGUCAUCAAAUCUGAGUAAGGAACAAGUGCCAAGAAGUUGUCCAAAUAAAAAUUAAAAAUGAUAUAAUUAUAGAUCCUUUUCAAAUGUUGAACUGUUUCAAUGAUUUCUUCAUAAAUGUGGCAAAAUCAGAAGUAGAUAUCACAGCGCACCAGGAAAAGGUAGAUGUCAACUUUGUAAAUAUAAAAAAAUGCAAGCCUCCAAACAUUCAAAAGAAUUAUCCCAAAAGAUGUAGAAGAUGCAUACCGGUAGUGUCUUUGAAAGCUGGGUGGGAUGAAAUUCCAACCACUGUAGUCACGGCUGUUUAUACCAUCAUUUCUCAUCCAGUGUCUAAAAUUAUUAAUCAGUCAUUUGAGGAAGGAUAUUGCCCGAAUGUGUUAAAGUAUGCUUAAAUAAGACCAUUGUUCAAAAAAGGCUCACAAGAUGAAAUGGGAAGUUACUGUCCUAUUUCCCUGCUGCCAGUUUUUGCUAAAGUGAUAGAGAGGAUUGUUACAAAACAUCUUGAAAAUUUUCUUAUAGAAAAUUAUAUUAUAAUUAAAAAUCAAUUUUGAUUUCAAAAUGGGGAAAAUACAAUAAAUGCUAUCUGGGAAUUCACUGAAAAGAUAAGCUCUGCUUUAGACAAGGGUAAAAAGGUCAUAGGUAUUUUUUGUGAUUUGACCAAACCUUUUGACUUGGUCAAUCGCUUACUACUCUACACAAGUUAGAGUGUUAUGGGAUUGUGGACAGGGCAUUGAAGUGGUUCAAAUCUUAUUUGUCAGAAAGAAAACAGAGAGUUACUCUAAAUUCAAAUGGAAAAAAAAUCAUUCUCAGAUUGGAAAAAAAUUUGUAAAGGCAUCUCCCAGAGCUCAGUUUUAGGGCCUUAUCUUUUUCUGUUGUACAUAAAUGAUUUACCUUUAAGCAUUGAUGUUCACUCUCUCAUAAUGGGAAACCUAGAAUUAUGGUUUCAGCAAAAUAGACUGAAACUCAGUGUCACAAAAACACAAUUAGUGCAGUUCAGUGCUAAAACAUCACCAGCAUCUCCUAUAAAAAUAGUGCACGGCAAUCAGGAAAUAACUGAAGCAAGUUAUGUAAAAUUUGUAGGUCUAAAUCUUGACAAAAAUUUAAAUUGGAAGGCACAUGUAGACUUCUUAGCAAACAAACUAAAUAGCCUACCUUAUGUGAUGAAUGUCUUAUCUGGUUCCACCCUUAUGCACACCAGGAAGAUAGUCUGCCACAGCUACUUUGAGACUAUAAUUCGAUACGGAAUAAUUUUCUGGGGAGACUCUAUGAGCAGCUUGAUAUUACUUACACUUCAAAAGACAAUCAUCAGAAACGUGUUUAAUCAAAAAAAAGAACAUCAUGUCACCUAUUGUUUAAAAAAUUAAAAAUACUAACCAUUCCGUCUCUGUACAUCUACGAAUUUUUUAUUUUCAUAUAUAAAAAUCAAAACACACUUGGCAAUUUUCAUUUCAAUCACAAUUACAGUACUUGUCACAGGCACAGCUUCAAACUUCCCUCUCAUAAUUGAAAACUUUACACUCAAACGCCAUUGUACAUGGGAUUAGAAAUUUACAAUAAAUCAAGUAAAACAAAUCUGUUAGAUAUGUAGUUUGAUCCACUAAAAAGAUUGUUAUUUAACACACUAGCGGAAAAAUGUUAUUAUUCAAUUCAAUUGAAUUCAUGCCGGACAGUUUGGCAAUUAGAAAAGAAAACAAACAAUAAAGAUUAUGUAUUGUGUAAUAAACUGUUAAUAUAUUGUAUAAAUUGUACUGCAAGCUGCAAAAUGACCAUAAGUGUUAUAUAUGUUCUUGUUGAAUUGUUCAUGUGUAAAAAUACAGAAAUGCGUGCUUAAAUAUGUUAAUU